AAAUGCUCGGCGUUGAGUUGUUAUCAUUAAAUUGUUUAUUGUACAGCUAUACACAGCAUAGCUAAGUAAAGUUUUUUCUUUAAAUUUUCCUACACACUACGUGUGCGUUCUUGAGAGUUUACGUGCGGCUCGGACGUAAAAAAACCUGUACCUUUAAAGGAUAUUGUGGAUUACCUUAAUUUUCAACUAAAACCCUUGGAUUUUUAAAUACAAUUCAGUUCUUUUUUUUUAACGAAAAAGUGAUAUAAAAAAAUAAAAUCAACGCCAUGCAGUUGAUGCGAACCGCAUUUCUGCUUGCGGUGGUCCUCCUAGCAGUAACCACCUGCACGCGCGCCGAAGAUGAAAAGAAAUCAGCCGGAGCUGAAGAGAAAAAAGUCGAACCAGAAAAAGAGAAAAAAGAAGCUGAAAAAUCCGCCGAUGGCAAAGAAGAAUCUGAUGAUUCUGCCAAACCCAAACGUGGUCUACACUUUGGUGAUUAUCAUCAUAAAUAUGAUGCCCAUCACUACCAUCACUAUCCAGUGCAUCAUGAGAAGACUAUAACGGUGGUAAAAAAGAUACCCGUUCCAUAUCCCGUAGAGAAAUAUGUACAUGUACCGGUGGAGAAAGAAGUUCAUGUGCCCUAUGAGGUGAAGAUACCUAAACCGUAUCCGGUAGUUAAACAUGUACCCUACGAGGUUAAGGAAAUCAUUAAAGUGCCUUAUGAAGUGCCACAACCCUAUCCAGUUGAAAAGAAGGUACCCUAUCCAGUACAUGUGCAUUAUGAUCGUCCAGUGCCUGUUAAAGUACACGUACCAGCACCAUAUCCGGUUGAGAAGAAAGUACAUGUACCGGUGAAAGUGCAUGUACCUGCUCCUUAUCCGGUCGUAAAGAAAGUGCCUUAUCCCGUUGCCGUACAUGUUGCCGUUGACAAGCCAUAUCCUGUAGAGAAGAUUGAACAUUAUCCCGUUGAGGUGCACUAUGAUAAACCAGUGCCAUAUCAUGUUGACAAACCAGUGCCCUAUCAUGUAGAGAAACCAGUACCAAUACCAGUUAUUAAGAAAGUACCAGUACCCGUGCAUGUGCCCUAUGAUCGUCCUGUACCUGUACAUGUAGAAAAACCAGUACCCUAUGAAGUCAAGGUUAAGGUGCCAGCACCUUAUCCAGUUGUUAAGGAAGUGCCAGUUAAGAUUGAGAAACAUGUACCGUAUCCCGUUAAGGUACCCUAUGAAAAACCUGUACCGGUACACAUUGAAAAACAUGUACCCGAAUACCAUGAAAAACACUUCCCCUACAAAGAACCCGAAUUCCAUUAUAAAAAAGUUGAACUUAAAGAAGAACAUGAACAUGAAGACUACCACGAAGAUCAUCAUAGCGAGCACGAACAUGAACACGAGCACGAGCACAUAGCCCACCAACAUGAAGGCGAAUAUAAACAUGAAGAAUACGGAGAUCAUAAACAGAUAGAGGAAUAUCAACAUGAAGAAGAGGAAUUUAAACCAUCCGAAGAAUUUAAACAUGCCGAAUAUGAAUCUCAAGAGGAAUACAAAUCUGAAAGUCAUGAAGAAUUAUCAGAGGUGGAUCAUAGUCAUGAUUACUCACAUUCUUUUAAUUAUCAUGCUCAUCAUUAAGUUUAUAUGAUAAUUAAUAUGAUUUUUUUUCGUUUUUUUUCUUUCUACUCCCAUUACAGCAUCACUAAUGAAAUUCCGUCUGAUAAGAGUGUCUCAGUGAAAUAAGAGAAACCUCAGAGAGCAUUAUUUGUGAUUAUGUGAUAGGUAUUGAGAGAGAGAGAGAGAGAGAGAGAGAGAGAUUUUUUUAAUAAAGAGAAAGAGAGUCAAAUUAGGUAAGCAAGACGAAAAGAAGAUGAUAGCAUUAUAAACGAUCUAGCUAACGUUUAAAGGAUUAACGACGAUGUGAUUAAAACUGAAACGAUUAAAUAUUUAAAAUAAGUUUAAAACUAAGUGAUAUUAAACACAAACUAACUAAUACAACUUUAAGUAAAAAAAUCCUUAUAAUUAAAACUUUCAUUUGAGGGUUUAUGUUUAAAAACUUCUUUUCGUUAAAACUUACUAACACUUCCAUAUAAAACUGUUAACACUAUCUCAUAACUUCCAUGGUAUUCCUUAAGUUUUAAUUAAUUUCGCUGAAAUUUAAUUAUCAUUAAAUCAUAAUUUAUAAGUAAUUUAACUAUAAUUACUAUCUAUGGCUUAACCUGUAAAUAGCAAAUGUAAUACUUUAAGUUAAAAAACUAAAAAAAAGUAAUGUCAACUUUAUUUAAAAUAACGUUUAAAUUAUAAAACUAACACUGGUUUAAAGCUAGUUUAACUUAUACAACACAAAACCAAAACCUUCUUCUCUUUGCUAAAGGCCUAACCAUCGCAUGCCUUUUAAAACUCCUCCUCUUCCUCCAAAGAGUUAAAAAAAAAGGAAUUUGAUUUUGUCCUAGUUAAUCUCGUGCUAAUAACUCGUCCAGUUAAUAUAUUAAAAAAAGAAAGCGUAAUAAAACUAAUUUAUACUCUAAGACUUGUUAAUAUGUAUUUAAAACAUACAAAAAGAGAUUAAACUAAUUGUUAUUUAAAUACAAUUAACAAUUAGUUCUUUAGUUUAAUUUAAUUUAGUUUAUAAAAAAUAUUUCAUAUAUUUUAAACAGAAAUAUCUUUAAAACAUAUGAAAUCUUCUAUUCUACCAAAUAAUUUUUAUUUUGUUAAGAAAAUGUAUCAAAAUAAGAAUGAAAAAUGAAAAGAAGGAUGUUUGAAAAACAAAUAAUAAAAUAUCUCAUAAAAUUGAGAUUGAAAAAAAAAAACACAAACUUAA